GUCGGGUGGUAUGCGCACUAGACUAGAGCUGAUUCGCCUACCGAAUUGAAAAAGUCAGCAGUGUGGAUUAAAACUGGAGAAUUAUGUUCGAAUGAACUCAUCCGCUAGAGAUAUUAAGCCUGCAGUGGUUUCUAAGCAAGCAGAAGAGGUGAUCAAUGGUGUAUCCACUCAAGUAGUGUGCUCUGCAUUUAGCAAUCACAUACUGGUGGUGGUGACACAGUAUGGGAAGAUGGGAACAUUGGUAUCAGUCACCCCAAACGUGGUGUCUGGUGAUAUCGGCACGCCCUCCUUGACCACAAAAGUACUCUUAGGACCUGAUGAGCCUGUUAUUCAUGUGUGUGCAAAACAUUUGGUGACUUUUGUAUCUCAAGAAUCUAAGAACAAACCAAUUCUCCUGGCACUUGCACUAAAGGACAAAAGUGUGGAUACUAUUAAACUACUAAAAGAUAUCAUCAAAAGCUGCCAGGUCUGGUAACACAGAGAAAAUACUCUUAGCCGCAGUCAUGGAUGGGUUAGAGGCGUUUCAUUCCUAUUAUGAAAAGAACAAUGUGUAUUCACGAUUAUGUGUAUUUUCCAAAUAUAAUUUAUAUUUUUA